AAACUGGUGUUAACCGAUUCGCAAAACUUCCGCAGCAACAUCGAUUGCCGAAAGCAGCAUCAUAGUGACGACGACCACAACCAGCACCGGUUCUCUAAACUGUCUCACACCGUUAAAGCGCUACGGAUCGAGCUACAAACGCAGCGCAGUAACAGUAAACCAAUUCACGGAGAACGGCAGUCUCAGCAACGCAAGGAACGAAGGAAAAAGAAUCGCACACGUUCGAACGUGGUACUGACAGGUGAAAAGUUCGAAGAUCCUGAUCCAUAUCAGCUAGCCGUGCGUAAAACUAACUAUGGCAAGCGCAAGGAGAAGCUAAACUUUGUCGGCGAACAGUUUCGCGAUCCGGAUCCGUACGGUUUGGCCAUACGCAAAACGAGCAGUACGAGUAGCUGCACUAGUGAUCGUGAGGUUUCCUACCAGUAUCGCACCCAGCUGGCCGAAACCCAUCCGGCCACCGUAUACACACCAUUCGAUUACAUAAACCGUGAAAAGUGUAUCGCCGAAAUGCCUGAAGAAGAUACGAAAUCAGAUCGUUUGAAUGUGUCGUGGAAGAAGCAACCGGAACCAGUGCAACCAGCUGAAGGUCGUAAAUCUCUGCUCGCUCAGGCCUGUGCUGUUGGUGUAAAAAAUGUGCUACUACUCGGGUAUGGGAUGACGCUGGGUUUUCCGACGAUUGUGAUCCCCGCUAUACAGGGUGGCGAUGGCCGUGAACCUGCGCUCGAGAGGGACGUAAUACUGAGCCGAGAACAAAUUUCUUGGCUGAGUUCCAUCAACUUGAUCUGUGUUCCGUUGGGCAGCAUUUUCUCCGGCAUGCUUGCCCAACCAAUCGGUAGACGGCGAGCAAUGCAGCUUAUCAACAUACCCAUUUUCAUCGCCUGGAUGUUGUUCCAUUACGCCAGCGAUGUAACGUACCUUUACUUGGGUCUUGCGCUGGCUGGUCUCAGUGGCGGACUCGGCGAAGCUCCGGUGUUAACCUACGUUGCGGAAAUUACUCAACCACGUUAUCGAGGCAUGCUAGCCGCUACGGGUUCAACCUGUGUCAUCUUGGGCGUCUUGCUCGAAUUCCUUAUGGGCAGUUUUAUGAAAUGGCGCACAGUCGCAUUGGUUAGUGCCGUGGUACCGGUACUGGCUGCUUUAUUACUCUUUUUCAUACCGGAAAGUCCCGUUUGGCUAGCAAGCAAAGCUCGUCUCGAAGAAUCCAAGGCGGCACUUGCUUGGCUACGCGGAUGGACCUCGAAGGAGCAGGUUGAAGUAGAAUUUAUGGAAAUCGAGCGUCAAAUGGCUAAAGACGCGGAACUGCAGAAGGACUUCACGAUUGUCGACAAGGCGCGGCUCUACACGCAGCGUGCAUUCCUGCAACCAUUCGGUAUCAUCCUGCUGUGCUUCUUUAUCGGUCACUUUUCCGGUAUGACGACACUGCAAACGUACGCCGUCCAGAUCUUUCACACGUUGAAAGCCCCUAUCAACAAAUACUACGCGACGUGUUUGCUCGGUCUGACCGAGCUUGUCGGCACACUAUUCUGUGUGUUUCUAGUGCACCGCACUGGUAAGCGACCUUUGGUGUUUACCUCCACUAUUGGAUGCGCCGUCUGUUUUUUUGGAGCCGCCAGUUAUGCCUACUUCGUGAACGACAUCCCGGGUGCAGCCGUUCAGAACGUGGUAGCAAAUGUAUCCUCCAUCAAAGCGGACAUCGCAGUCAUUCCCUUGCAAACGAAGGAAGUUAUUGCGGAGUGGCAUCGCAACAGCUCCGAGCUGCAAUCGCUCAAUUUUACGCACGUUGAGAUGCAGCUUGGCAACAGAAGCGCACUGGAUCGGUUCGAGAGCCGUAAUAGCUCGUUAGAAGGCAUAGUAUAUGCCGCACAAAGCUUCACUAAUUACUACCUCAACGAUAGUCUAAACGAACCGAUCAAUAUCACGAUCAGCUACGGAGAGUACGUGAAAUCCGCUAUACCAAGAGAGGUGUUUGUACCACUACCGCACGUGAACAAGAAUAAGUUCGUCUGGGUACCACUGACCCUGCUGCUUGGCAGCGCCUUUUUAACGCACAUCGGCAUUCGCUUGAUACCGUGGAUACUGAUCGGAGAGCUCUUUGCUCCCAACGUACGUAGCGGUGGUUCAGGCCUUGCGGGAGGUAUCGCAUACAUCUUUGGUUUCAUUGCCAAUAAAACGUUCCUAAAAAUGUUAGCAGUCUUCACUCUGCCGGGAACAUUUUGGAUCUACUCACUGGUAACGAUCGUCGGAGCCAUGAUUCUUUACAAAGUGCUUCCUGAAACGGAGGGCAAAUCGCUUCAGGAAAUCGAAACAUACUUUCUCUCGCCAAGUGAACGGUCCGCUAGAAUCGAUCAGGAAGCACCGGCCCCACCCCGACCUGGACCUAAGAUUUCCACCGGCAGCCUACAGACCAUCCCGCCACCGAUUCCACCGAAACCCUACCCGUUAAAGGACGAUAUUGAUCGGGCGAGACGAAUUUCUCUGGUGCCUCGUCAAAUGUCCCAAUCUUCCCGUAAUACGACUGUAUCCGACUUUUCGAGGGCAUCAUUUAAUUCCCAGCACUCACACAACCAUUCCGAAAUGAGUCGCAAUUCUUCCUGGACCUCUUACACGUUGGAAGACAAUCGCCAGGAUCAGCCCCAUCCACAAGUGUUUCGUAAAAUAUCCGAAACACUUCCGGAUACGAUUGUCACACCGCCACCACACCAUACGGCGAUGCAGUUACCAGCAACCGCUCCCAAACCUCCCUUGUCCAGAAACAAAUCCGCCAAUGCUAUCCCCGUUAACGAUCCUGUCGCUCUUCCAACUCGUAAGAUAUCUUGCGGGAAACAAUCGAUCCUCAAUGCUACUAACGAUUUGAAGCUUCCAAUACACAAAAUUCAACCCAUGAAUCGGCCGGUUCGUGCUCGGGCAAAAAGACCUCCACCGUCUCAUCAGUUCGAUUUCCAAAGCUGUGAAAGCAAUAGAAAGUUUGAAGAAUACCUACUCCGUUGUCAAGAUAAAAGUGACGGCACCCAACUGGCACCGAAGCGUCCAAUGCGUCACAUAACCAGCGCACACGAUCUGGAAGCACUCGAAAAAGACCGUCUUCGCGACGCAGCGAUAGUUCCUUCCACUAAUGGUGGAAUGUUGACGGAUCGGAAAAUGUUCAACAGUACCACCAAAUUGACCUCCUUGUCCGCGUACGCGAUGGAUGACUAUGGAGUGGACCAAAUUGGACGAGCAAGCAGUGGUCUGGACAAUGCGGUGUUUCAUUUAAGUUCGAGCGAUGAAUCAACCGACAUGUAA